AUGUCUACGUUCCCUGCAAUUGAUCUACGGAAUGAUAUCCGUCACGAGUAUGCCCCCAGCGUGGGGUAUUCCGUGUCGUUGUUCCCAGAUCAAAAGCAAUUGUUGUUGAGCAAAUACGAAGUGGUGAUUGUACAGGGUGCAACCGUUUCUAAAAAGCUUGUAUUUGAUGAUCCGAUAGUUUCAGCAACGUAUACCACAUUUAACACGAAUGAAAGAGAACAGGCGCUUGCUAACUAUAAUGGUAAUGGUGGUAAUAAAGGCGGCAUUGAUAGCUCUAGCAGGUUAGCUCUCGUAGUGUGCUUGAGGAAAUCUGCACAUGUAUAUUACCCAGAUGGUCGACAGUAUAUGAUCAGUUUUCCGUUUUCGUUGAAUAAGGCCAUGCCCUUUGAGUCGGGUUUGAUAUUGGAAAAGGAGCAAUCCCUUAUACUGGAUGUUAGUCACCCUCCGGCAUUCAAUCUGGCCAAAUUCUUGACGCUUGUAGACCCCAUUGGAGAUUUUAGGUUGGUUUCCACAUCUUCCACGACGGUGGUCUCACCCAAAGAAGAAUUGAUGGUAUUUCCCAACAGGAAAGGCAGCCUUUCGAAAUCUACAUCUUGCUUAUGUGCAACGUACAAUAGGAACGAUUCCACUGUGGUCUUAUACUUUGUAAAAUCUAGCAUUAGAGUGAACAAGAGGAGCGCCGGGGGUCAAUUGAAUAGCUCAAGCAUCAACCACGGCACCAACUUGUCUACUGGCGCCAAUAGUAAUAACAAUAACGGCAUUAAUGUUGGCACCAGUAACGUUAACAGUGGUACCAACCAUAAUAAUAACGGUGCAAUUGCAAACAGUAACAUUCACAACUAUAAUCACACCACUAGUAACAAUAAUAAUGGCAGCAAUGGCCAGAAUAGCAGAAUUCUUCACCACAGUUCUGGCAGUGGUGCCAAUCACAAUAACACGAGUAUCAAUAACAGUAACAAUAAUAGUAAUAAUAAUAAGUAUUUCAAAAGGAAAACUUCUGCGAGCUACUCACCGCCUGGUCAUUCUCGAAUAUUAGAAGACGAAGAGUUUCAAAACAGCAUAAACAAUAAUGCUGCUGGGCAUAUUGGUAUCAACACAAACCAUAGCAGCAAUUCCAACAACGGUGGCUUAAAUAGCCACAGCACGGCACAAGUUCUUUCGAUUAAUAUGGAAAAGAAGCGUACAAGUACCCUACUCUCUGAUAUAUCAUCAAUUGCAAGGAUGGGGUCAGAUACAUCUACUUUCCCAUCUGAGUCAAUUAAGAAGGGUCAGCAGGAUUCUACAGCAUUGUUGAAAAAAGAUCUUAUAUUAACUAAAUUGGAUACGUUUCUGUACUCAGAACCAAUGACCAGAAAUGAUAAAUUGGUACAUAUAAUUUCAUUUGAGGAUCAAGAAGCCUUAGUAAUCGUAAAUCCAUCAAAAUCCCAAGCCAAUAUUUAUAUAUAUAGGCAACAACCAGUAAACGUAUACAGAUAUGUACAAAGUUAUACGGUGGAAUGCAAAUCAUGUGCACCUUUGGAUGAUGAUAAUGAACACCCAGGAUUUUUGGUGGUACUUCUGAAUGCGUCAACUAUAACUUUAGUUAAUCCAUUUUUAGAUGUGAAAUCAAAUGAGAUUGCCUUGUCUAAGCAAUUUCCUCCUAUAGUAUCUAUUCAGUCAUCUAGUGGUAAAAGAGUUAGCAUGAUAGCUGAGAAUCUGGGAAAGAACUAUGAAUUUCAAUUAAUUUUAGAGCCAUCAGACGACUUGGUCUCUACUUGCCUUAAAUGUUUCCGCUACCUAUCUGGAUCUAAUAUACGGGAAUCUAUAUGGAUAAUGUGGUGCUCUGCAUUGACACUAGACGAUUUGAGAGACGACUGGAAUGCUCUAGUAAUCGUGUUAUUGUCUAUAAUUUACCCAUUCGAAACUGACAUGAACUCAUCAUCCUUCUCUACAAACGAAAUAACUAGGCUACUUCCAAAAGCAAAAAUAUUGCAUGAUACGAUUCUCAAGAAACUACAAUAUUCCUUUACAGAUCUAAUUCCAUUCAUAGUACUUUCACUUCAUUUGAUUCAAGAGGAAACUAGAUUGGAUUCGUUGAACACGGACAGUCAACUGAAACUCCUGAUGUUACUUUGUCAGCUAACUACUUGGAUGGGAUGGUCAGAAUCUUGGACUUCAUAUUAUAUGAUCGAACCUUUGAGGAUAGAUACAAGCGUUCAGUUCUUACUGGUUUCUAUUGUUGAUUCACCUCCAAAUUUAUUGGAAUCAUUGUGUAGUUUAUUUGGAACUCAUAAGAUCAAAAGAUAUUUAACGUUUUCACAACUCGCUGAAGAAGAUGAAUCAAUUGACAAAAUAAUAACUCCAAGAACUUAUUGUAUAUUACGAUUAUUUGAGCUAUUGGUAUCGAGCCAAUAUGGCCCUAAUGAUUUAGUUGACAUGAUGUGUGAAUAUGGAAUUGACUCUACCAUGAUGGAAACAUAUCCACCUGGUAUAUACUUACCAUUGAAAGAAGCAAUACUGGAAUGUCAAGAACAACCAGCAUUUGAAUGGACAAGUGAAGCUUUAGAAUUAGUUGGAAGAAAGGAUUUGAGUUCGCUUUUAAACAGAAACUAUCUAUUGUCAUCUUCAACGACUUCCAACCUGAGCUCUGCUGGUGCUGGAGAUGUACUUCAAAUCCUUAAUAGCACUUUUGAAAAACCAGAAAACGUUACAGCUUGGGAUGGUCAAUCGGAAGCUGAUAGAAUAAGUAUUACCAAGUUAAUAUUUGAUUACGAUAGAAGAUACUUCGAAAUAACCACAUUACUUCAUCAAACUAAAAUACAGACAGCAAGCUUAGGUAAAAUUGAUGAUGAUAUUGGAGAAUAUGACUUGGUAUUGCUACAAAGAGAAUUAGCCACUUUAGUCGCAAUGAGAACAUUAUCGAUACCCUUGGGAAGAGCGGCAUUAUUUUACAGUAGUAGAAUGCCUUUAAUGACAGAGAAGUUUCCAAUACCUAAGUUUAAUUUUAAUACCCUCAUCUCACCUUCUAUGUCAACUAUAAUAUUAAAUAGAGACUCAAUUAAUGAUUCCAUGAGUGAAUGGGGCUAUUUCCACAAUGGGGUUUCUUCUGGACUCAGUAUACUGCCAGAUUCAAAGGGAAUAUCGGGACUGUGGAUAAUUUUCAAUAAGCCACCGGAUUUAAAUUCACAACAUGCUGGGUUUUUACUAGGUUUAGGCUUAAACGGUCAUUUGAAACGACUAGAAGAGUGGCAUAUAUACAACUAUUUGGGUCCUAAACAUCCUUUAACUAGUGUUGGAUUACUCUUAGGUAUGUCCGCAAGUCUUCGAGGAACGAUGGAUAACAAAUUGACUAAAGUUUUGUCCGUUCACGCUGUGGCCCUAUUACCACAGGGAGCAAAUGACUUAAAUGUCCCAAUUAUAGUGCAGACAGCUGGUUUGAUUGGAAUUGGCUUGCUUUAUUUGGAAAGUCAACACAGAAGAAUGAGUGAAAUCUUAUUGCAACAAGUUUCAGGGUCUGUCUUUCAAAAUGAUAUAGAACAGAUACAUGAAGGAUAUAGACUUGCUGCGGGAAUUGCGCUUGGUUUUGUGAAUUUGGGAAAGGGAAAUGAUUUGAAAGGCCUUAACGAUACACAUGUAAUUGACAAAUUAUUGGCAAUUGCUACGUCAAUGAAGGACUUCCUGACAUUACAAGAGUUGGAUAAAUCAUGUUGUGGGGCAAUAAUUGCCUUAGGAUUCAUGUACUUGAAAACCAAUAAUAACACUUUGGCCAAUAAAUUGAAGGUUCCAGAUAGUGAGAGGCUAUUAGAUUAUAUUAGACCUGACUUGUUACUAUUGAGAUGCUUAUCAAAAAACAUUAUUAACUGGGAUCAAAUAAGUGACUCUAUUGAAUGGGUCGAGAGCGAAAUCCCUCAAUGUUUAAUGAAAAGAUAUAUGAGAAAUAAGAAGGGAAGAAAGACACCAAAAGUUGAUUUUGAGUUGGAUAGUGAUCAAUUGGGAUUUUUCAAUAUCCUUGGUGGUAUAUGCAUUGCGAUAGCUGUCAAGUUUGCCUCAUCUCAUAACAUUAAAGCUCGUGACACCUUAAUCUACUUUCUUGAUAUAAUGAUAGUAAUUUCAAACAAAGAUGCUAAAAACUAUGACCAAAAGAUAGCACAUCACUGUGCGACGAAUAUUAGGAACUUGUUGGCUAUAUGUGUAUCAAUUGUAAUGUGCGCAAGUGGAGAUUUGGAGUCAUUCAGAAGGUUGAGAAUGUUGCAAGGGGAUACUAGAAAGGAUAUGAUGGGAUAUGGUGGGUACAUGGCUAUAAAUAUGUCAUUGGGAUUUUUAUUUAUUGGUGGAGGUCAAUACGCCUUUAGUAACUCCAAUUUUGCAAUUGCAUCUUUAAUUACUUCGAUAUACCCGGUCUUUCCAUCAAAUUUGUCGUCUAAUUAUGGUGGAUGGGAGGUUCAUUUGCAGGCAUUGAGACAUUUCUGGGCAUUGUCGAUUGAACAAAGGUGCUUGAUCGUUAGAGAAGUAACUACAAACAAACCAGUUAAAGUUCCAAUUGAACUUUACAAGGUGAAUGGCGAUAAGAUCACUGGAAAUUCACCUUGUUUAUUGCCAUGUCUUAGUGAUAUUCUACAAAUUAAGAUCAACUCCACCAAUCACUUUGAUGUUGACAUUGAUUUUAGAUUAAACUCAGAACACCUAGAGAAAUUCAAGAAAACGUUAACAAUUUACGUAUACAGAAGACGUAACCAUAAGAUAUUAAAUAGUACGGUUAGCCGGUUAUUGCAGAAUGAGAAUCAAGAUCUACAAGUUGUCAAUGGAGAAGUAGAAAUAAAUGAAGACUUGGUGAAACUCGGGAAAUUAAAUAUCCUAGAAAAGAGCAUCAACGAGUUUGAAAAGAAAGUUUUCUUGUUUGAGAGUACUAAAAUUAGCAAUGAGAUUGACACUUCGACUUUAUUAUUUUCCAUGUUCAAUGUUAUUGACAACAAAGUUGAGCUUCAGCAGUUGUGCAAGCCCAAGACAGUUCAAGACCUAUGGAAUUUGAAGUUGAUUUUUGAGUACAGUGAGAGCUUGCUGGAUGGUAUGAACUACAUUGGAUCCAAAUAUAUAGACAAGAUGAAGAGAGAAAUCGAACUGGGUAUAACGGCAUUAUAG